AUGCCAUAUAAUCUUCCUCCAUGGAUGUGCAUGAAACAAGAGUUCUUCAUUCUGUCCUUUCUUAUUCCUGGACCCAAAGCGCCUAGCAAUAAUAUCGAUGUAUUUUUGCAACCUCUAAUAAAAGAGUUAAAUGAAUUAUGGGAUGUUGGGGUAGAAACAUACGAUGCCUCUACUAAGGAGAUAUUUCAAAUGCGAGCAGCUCUCAUGUGGACUAUAAAUGACAUUCCUGCAUAUGGUACUCUCUCUGGAUGGUGCACUUAUGGUCGGUUUGCAUGCCCUUCUUGUAACAUAAACACUCAAUCUAGAAGGCUGAAACAUGGCAGAAAGUUUUUUUACAUGGGGCAUCGACGCUUCUUGAAGUCGGGAUACAAAUAUCGGAAUGAUGCGAAAUCAUUUGAUGGGACUAAAGAAACAAGACCUGCACCUUCUCUAAUAUCUGGGUCAGUAGUGCUGAAUCAAGUUAAAGAUAUAAAAUUUACUCUCGGCCAGUCAAGUGAAGGCAAAGAGCUAAAACUAGAAGAGUUAAACCUACUUGAAGAAAAAAUCCCAGAAACAUUGUCUACUAUGGAGAAACUCUUCCUCCCAGGAUUCUUUGCUGUUAUGAUACACUUGGUUAUUCACUUGGCAACUGAGGCUAAACAUGCGGGACCAGUACAUUAUCGCUGGAUGUAUCCAAUUGAGAGGUAUUUGGGUACUUUAAAAUCAUAUGUUCGUAAUCGUGCAUGUCCAGAAGGUUCAAUAGCAGAAGCAUACAUAGCAAAUGAGUGUAUGGCAUUCUGCUCACGAUAUUUAGAGGGUGGAGAUUCAAGGUCUUAUUGUUCAACAAAAUGGAGUGAUGAAAUUGAGCAUGAGACUAAUAAAGAAGAAUCUCUUUUUCCUACUGUUGGGGAGUCGUACGGUAGAGUAGAUGUAUUUGAGUUGGAUGACAAAACAUGGUUGCAAGCACAUCGGCAUGUGCUUUUCAAUUGUGAAUCAGAAGUGGUUGAGAAUUAUAAAAAGGAACAUAUUGCUGAAAUCAAAAGAGCACAUCGUAAGCGUCGUUUGACACAACAUCAACUUGAUCGUGUGCAUUUCGAUACAUUUCAUGAGUGGUUCAAGGAGCAAGUAAAGGAGUUGGAAGCCACAUCUAAUAUCUUAAAGGAUGUUAAAGUCCUAGCACAAGGACCGAGUUACAUUGCAAAAAGAUUUAGUGCGUUCGAUGUUAAUAAUGGGUAUCGAUUCCGAACAAAACAAAGUGAAGAGUUCAAUGUGACACAAAAUAGUGGUGUUAUGGUCGUUUCAAAGACUGAAAGUUAUGCAAGUACAAGUGAUAAUGUUCCAAAAUUUGCGAAUAUCACAUAUUAUGGCAGAUUAUAUGAUAUUAUGGAGUUAAACUACUAUGAGAAAUUUAAGGUCAUCUUAUUUAAGUGUGAUUGGGAUGAUGUAACCAAAGGUAGAGGAAUUAAGGAAGAUGACUUGGGUUUCACACUUGUGAAUUUCACACACCUGACAGACUCUGGCGAUCGACAACGUCAUGAGCCCUUUAUUUUUGCAGAACAAGCUCAACAAUUUGAGUCAUCAACGCAAAGUGAUGCCACUGACUUGGCUCUUUUAGAAAAUGCUUGGGUUUUAGAAGAUGAGUAUAAUGAUUGGGUAAGAAGUGGUGUCGAUGGGAUAAUAAUUGAUACAAACGUAGAUUCUCAACCUUCUCCAAAUGAUGGUGAAGCUAAUGUUGAGGGAGAAAAAAACAUAGAAAAUGAAUGUGAUUCUGAAUAA